AUGUCAAAGAACAUCCACGAGACCGAGCAUUCAGAAGAAGAGGAGAUUGAGGAUCUCACCUCACCAUGGGUUGUCACCUGUUACCAAUCCGCUGCUGUCAUUGCUAACCUCGCUUUGAAGCAUGUCAUUACCAAGUGUGUCGAUGGCGCCAACAUUUUGGAUGUCUGCACUGCUGGAGAUGAUCUCAUCACCACUGAGUUGUCAAAGACCUUCACCAAGCGUAAGGGACUUGAGAAGGGAAUUGCCUUCCCAACUUCCAUCUCUGUCAACAACUGCGUUGGUCACUUCUCCCCACUCAAGGGUGACACACGUACUCUCAAGACUAACGAUGUUGUCAAGAUCGACCUUGGAGCUCACAUUGAUGGUUACAUUGCCCUUGGAGCUUAUACACACAUUGUUGGAACCACUCAACCAGUCACUGGAAAGGUUGCCGACGCCAUCUGCGCCGCCUACUACGCAUUGGAGUGUGCUCUCAGAAUGAUCAGACCAGGCAACAAGGCCUCGGACGUCACUGAUGUCAUUCAAAAGAUCGCCGACACUUACCACGUCAGCGCCGUGCAGGGUAUCCUGUCGCACGACCUCAAGCGCUUCGUUUUGGACGGUGAGAAGGUCAUCUUCAACAAGAUGCCCGUCGGCCAGAAGAUCGAGAACGCAGAGUUUGCCGAGAAUGAGGUGUACUGCAUCGACAUUGUCAUCUCGACCGCCGAGGGCAAGGUUAAGGAGCUCAACGACCGCACCACCAUCUUCAAGCGCGACGUCAACCAGAACUACAUGGUCAAGCUGCAGUCGGCCAAGGACUUCAUGAAGGAGGUCAACACCCGCUUCCCCUCCAUGCCAUUCAGCUUGCGUCAGGUGACUGACGAGAGAAAGGCCAAGCUCGCUCUGUCCGAGUGUCUUACUCACCGUCUGCUCAACGCCUUCCCAGUGCUCUACGAGAGGGAUGGCGAGUUCGUCGUCCAGUUCAAGACCACCGUGUUGGUCCUCCCCUCUGGCAACCAGAAGCUCACCACCAACGACUUCCCACUUCCACACGUCUCAUCUACCUUCUCGCUCGACGCCGCCAUCAAGGAGCUGGCUGAGAAGCCACUCAAGGCUGCUAAGAAGGCCAAGGCACCAGCUGCUGCUGCCCCAGCCACCGACGCCAUGGACACCAAGUAA